GGUGGUGGAGUUGAAUUCAGUUCUCUAGUGGCCGGUUUGAGAAGGACUGCCACAAUAGAGAUUGUCUUUUAACAAACUAUUUUAUCCGGAGCGCCUGCGUAUUUUCCUAAAUUUUCAGUUAAUCGAAACCAAAAAUUCGCGUUUUUUAAUCAACCACUCAACAAUGUCGUACUGCGCUCGUAUUUUGCGCGCACAGCGACUCACUGGAAUCGCUGCUGAUAUCCAACAAAGAUGCUUCAGCAUGAGUCCCCUGAGCUUUGCUGCCGCCAAGGUGGCGAUGUCAAAAUUCGAUCAGAGUGCAUACCUUCCGUAUGACAAGCUCGAUGAGAACCUCAGAGUCGUCAAGAAAAGGCUGGGACGACCUUUAACUCUCUCGGAGAAGGUACUGUACUCUCAUCUCGAUGAGCCUGACAAGCAGGAGAUCGUCAGGGGGACGAGUUACCUGAGGUUGAGGCCAGAUCGUGUGGCUAUGCAGGAUGCUACAGCACAGAUGGCUAUGUUACAAUUUAUCAGCUCUGGACUGCCCAAGGUAGCUGUACCAUCGACAAUCCACUGCGAUCACUUGAUUGAGGCCCAAGUGGGUGGUGACAAGGAUCUGGCGCGUGCCAAGGACACAAACAAAGAGGUCUACAACUUCCUGCAAAGCGCAGGAGCCAAAUACGGCGUAGGAUUCUGGAACCCAGGCUCUGGAAUCAUCCACCAGAUAAUCCUCGAGAACUACGCCUUCCCAGGUCUCUUGAUGAUCGGCACAGACUCGCACACACCCAACGGUGGAGGUCUGGGUGGUCUCUGUAUUGGAGUCGGUGGUGCCGACGCAGUGGACGUCAUGGCGAACAUUCCCUGGGAGCUGAAAUGCCCGAAAGUAAUCGGAGUCAAGUUGACGGGAGAGCUCAAGGGCUGGACCAGCCCCAAGGACAUCAUCCUCAAGGUUGCUGGCAUCUUAACGGUGAAGGGAGGCACUGGCGCCAUUGUCGAAUACUUUGGACCUGGUGUGGACUCUAUCAGCUGCACGGGAAUGGCCACAAUCUGCAACAUGGGCGCUGAAAUUGGCGCCACAACCUCGGUAUUCCCCUACAACUACAGAAUGCAGGACUAUCUGAAGGCAACUGAACGUGCGGACAUUGCAGCUGCUGCUGACAUGUUCAAAACUAGUCUCUUGAGUGCUGAUCCCAACGCUAAGUACGAUCAAAUUAUUGAGCUCGAUCUCACGACCCUGGAGCCACAUGUCAAUGGGCCAUUCACACCUGAUCUUGCCAAUCCCAUCUCGAAAUUGGGAGCUAUUGCCAAGCAGAAUGGCUGGCCCAAUGAAAUUAAGGUCGGACUGAUCGGUUCCUGUACGAACAGCUCUUACGAGGACAUGGCGAGGUGCGCAAACAUCGCCAAACAGGCGUUGAAGCAUGGAAUUAAAUCCAAAUCCACAUUCAACGUGACUCCUGGGUCCGAGCAGAUUCGGGCGACAAUCGAGAGGGAUGGAAUUGCUCAGACUCUCAGAGAAUUCGGGGGGAUUGUGCUGGCUAAUGCCUGCGGUCCCUGUAUCGGCCAGUGGGACAGGCAGGACAUCAAGAAGGGGGAUAAGAACACCAUUGUCACUUCGUACAAUCGUAAUUUCACCGGGCGAAAUGACGCCAAUCCUGCCACUCACGCCUUCGUGACGAGCCCUGAGCUUGUUACAGCACUUUCGAUCGCUGGGCGCCUCGAUUUCAAUCCACUGAGUGAUAAGCUGAAGGGGAAGGAUGGAAAGGAGUUCUUGUUGGAUAAUCCUUAUGGUGACGAGCUUCCAUCCCGAGGCUUCGACCCUGGCCAGGAGACCUACAAUGCCCCACCAGCUGACGGUAGCAAGGUAAAGGUCGACGUGGACCCCAAGUCCCAGAGAUUGCAGCUUCUUGAACCUUUCGACAAAUGGGACGGCAAGGACCUCACUGAUUUGACAGUUCUCAUCAAGGUCAAAGGAAAGUGCACUACUGAUCACAUCUCAGCGGCUGGACCAUGGCUGAAGUAUCGAGGUCAUCUUGACAAUAUCUCCAACAACAUGUUCAUUGGGGCUGUCAACGCUGAGAAUGGUGAAGUGAAUAAAAUAAAAAAUCAACUGACCGGUGAGUGGGCUGGUGUGCCAGACGUGGCCCGUCAUUACAAGAAGAAUGGAGUAAGAUGGUGCGCAGUUGGUGACGAGAAUUACGGAGAGGGCUCGUCUCGGGAGCAUGCCGCCCUGGAGCCACGCCACCUUGGUGGACGUGCCAUAAUUGUCAAAAGUUUUGCACGUAUUCACGAGACAAAUCUCAAGAAACAGGGCAUGCUGCCACUUACAUUUGCAAAUGCCAGUGAUUAUGACAAGGUUCAGCCAACUGAUAAGAUCAGCCUUCUGGGACUGAAGGAUCUUGCGCCUGGAAAGCCCGUAAAAGCAGAGAUCAAACAUGCAGAUGGAAAAGUAGACACAAUUACCCUCAAUCACACCCUCAACGAGCAGCAAAUAGGAUGGUUCAAAGCUGGAUCAGCCCUCAACCGUAUGAAGGAGAUAGCCAGUGGCCGUUAGAAAACCCACCAUCACCAAGCGAAAUUCAAUAAAAGAACACUGAUGAAAGCCAAACAAGCACGCAGUCGACUCCGCGUAGGUUGAUAUUUAGAUUACAAGCGAAUUAUAAAUAAAGAUUAAUGAAAGGUAUACUGGAAGAGUCACAGUGUCCGCGAGUUGGUGAAUAGUCCACGAGAGUAAUAAUAAACGAUUGAUGAAGCCACGUAGUCAGAUGAGGAGAAAAUUAUCGAAACAAUAAUGUAAAAAACGCAACAGAAUGCUCGAAACAAUGACGAUGAGUCGUUUCAGGAUUUGAAAAAGAGAAUAUGAUUUUGUAUUAGGACAAUAACAGCAUCGAAUCGCCUUUGUAUCUUUUCACUUCAUCAAUUCAACGAUUUUUAUCGACAAAAAUCACGCGCUCAUUUGACGUCUCGAGGGAUUGGGGGCAUCGACGUGUCCAUCAUCAGCCUCGUCGUCGAUUCCUCUGACCCCUCGACGUCAACAAGAUAAAUUAUACCAUUGAAAAUUAUGUUGCCAUGCAAUCGGUGAUCGUGUACAUGAAAAUUCUAUGACGUGAGUUUUUUUAAUUAGAUUAUAUACAUAAAGAUCAUUGUUAGAUCGAAUGAGCUUGUACAUUAUUGAUUAUGCAUUGUCAUUUAGGAAUACGUUUGAUGGCUUUAACGAGUCAUGAUGAAUUCCAGUUUAAGGAAAAAUGAAAGCCAAAAGUGAAAUAAUAAAAGUGAAAAUGAAAAAA